AAAUUAAAGGCGGCCGGGCCAUGGGUGUGGUGACGAGAUCCAAAUCCAAGAGGCGGCAGCUGGAGGAGGAAGCAGAAGCAAGCGGAGGAGAGCAAGACGACGUCGAUCUGAUCAGCCGCCUCCCGGACGACGUCCUCGGCGACGUCAUCACGCUGCUCCCCGCCGAGGACGGCGCCCGCACCCAGAUCCUCUCCCGUCGGUGGCUCCCGCUCUGGCGCUCCGCGCCCCUCAACCUCGAGGCCACGAUCCACCCAGCGAGGCUCGGCGUCAAGGAGAACCCAGCGGCCGCCAUCCUCGGCGCCCACGGGGGCCCCGCCCGCCGCCUCUCCCUCACCUGGCUCGGGCGCUCCGACGAGGCGCCCGCGCUCGACAACCUGCUCCGCUCCCCCAGCCUCGACAACCUGCGGGAGUUCGGACUGCGCUACGGCACCGUCGUCUUCUCCGCCCGCCCUUACAAGGCGCCGCCGCCGCCGCCGUCCAUGUUCCGCUUCUCGCCGACUCUGCGCGUCCUCAGCGUGUUCGCUCGCGCUUGCAACCUCGAUUUCCCCAGGAUUGAUGCCGAUUUCCCCCACCUCGAGCAAGUGACGCUCAGGUCCGUCAUCAUCGCGGAGAGCACUCUCCAUGGCAUGCUCUCCAGGUGCCCUGCCCUGCAGAGCUUGAUGCUGCACUACAACGUUGGUUACCGCCGUCUCCGGAUCAGCUCCUCCACCCUUCGGAGCCUUGGCGUAACUGCUACUGGUUCCAAAGACCCAAUGGGAAAGCUUGAGCAAGUCAUCAUUGACAGUGCCCCCCUCCUAGAAAGGCUUAUCCCAGAUGGUCGAUCGUGUUGCUUGCAGAUCCGGAUUAUUCAGGCACCCAAACUGAAGAUACUGCGAUAUUCUGAUGACGGUAUCCCCGCUGCAACCAUCAUGGUUUUCAAGGAAAUGGAGCUUCUUAGUCUGACGAAUGCGAUGCGUACCGUGAAGAUUUUAGCCCUUAAUACUGUUCCUACUCUGGACGUUGUCAUCAACCUCCUACAAUGCUUUCCAUGCGUGGAGAAGCUACACAUCAUGGUGUUCACUCGUGGGAGGUUCAGGAAUGCACCGCGCUAUGUUUCACUUGAAUGCCUCGAUGCACAUCUCAAGGUUGUGCAGUUAACACUUUAUAGGGGCAAGAGAUCAGAAGUGAACCUCGUAAGAUUCUUUCUUUUAAAUGCUAGAAUGCUGGAAUCCAUGAAGUUUAUAGUUGAUCGUGCGAAAUGCGACGAUGACUGGAUUGCAAGUCAGCAUAAGAAGCUACAGCUGGACAUCAGGGCUUCUCAAGGUGCUAGAUUUGCCUUUGAACCUCAGCGUCAGACGUUCAGUUGUGUACCCAUGGAGCAAAUCCAUAAUUUAGAGCUGGAUGAUCCCUUUGACGGAUCGCGUACAUACCGUUAUGAUUUCAGUUGGCUAUAGAGUCUAGAUAUCUAUAUAUAUGCUGGAUAUUGGCCUUUUUAUUUGAAUAUUCGAGCCGGUUUAUCAGUUGCGUGUUA